UCAGACACUCAGGUGUACAGAUGAAGGGGAGGAGCCUGAUUAUAUCUGACAGCAGCUCUAUAAAUGUGAUGAGGUGAAAGUGAGACUCAUCAUCUGAUCGACUCAUCGUCCUCAACAGCUUUCAGGAGAGACUCAUCACAACCAAAAAAAAAAAAACCAAAAUGAGCAAACUGGAGACCGCCAUGGACACCAUCGUCGAUGUGUUUCAGUACUAUUCCUCAACCGAGGGCGACAAGUUCAAGCUGAGCAGACGGGAGCUGAAGAACCUGCUGCAAGGAGAGCUGAGCAGUUACCUGCAGGUCAACAGGGACGCUCAGCGGGUGGAAGCCAUCAUGUCUGACCUGGACACGGACUUGGACGGCAGCGUGAGCUUUGAGGAGUUUGUUGCCAUGGUGACCGAGCUGACCGUGUGCAGCUGCAGCUUCUUCCAAGGCUAGAAGACGCCCGUUGUCAUCAAGUGUGGCCAAAUGAAAGACGGCCAGUUUCAGGCACUCUGAGCUGAAAUUAUAUUUUUGUAUUUGAGGCUUUGAUUCCAAUCUUUACACUUAUAAUGUGAGUAAUUUCCCUCUGAACAUUAAAGAUAAACUUAUCUGAAGA